UAGAUAUUCAAACUGGCCGCUCCUUAAUUUCAUUAUCUUGAAAUUUUGUGAACGAGAUGAGCAGCUGUCAACGAACAACUGAAAACACUCGUUAGUUUUGAUUUGGUUUAUUUUCCUGCAGAGCAAAAACGCAAGUGGUCCACCCUUACGCUGCUGUUCCAUUCCCCACCAGCAAACUGCAACGAAUACUGAGCAACAAGAUGAAGCCGACCGGCGAUGUGCUGGCCGCUCUCCGGAACCUGAUGUCGAAUCUGCCCAACAGUUUGGGGUCAAUCAAUGCGUACAUCAUACCCUCGGAUGAUGCCCAUCAGAGCGAGUACCUGGCCAAGCGAGACGAACGUCGUGCCUUUAUCUCUGGGUUUGAUGGAAGCGCUGGUACUGCAGUUGUAACGGAGAAAGAAGCUCUGCUGUGGACCGAUGGUCGCUACUAUCAGCAGGCCGGUAAGCAAUUGGAUUCCAACUGGACACUGAUGCGGGAUGGUCAACCGAGUACACCCACCAUCGAUGCGUGGUUGGCCAAAAUGCUGCAACCGGGUUGCAAAGUCGGCGUCGAUGCCAAUCUCAUCUCCACUCGUGCCUGGAAUCCGCUGCAGACUUCGCUUAAAUCAGCCGGUUGCUCCCUGCUGCCUAUUUCACCGAAUCUAGUCGAUUUGGUUUGGAACGAUCAACCUGCGGCUCCACAAAAUCCCGCUAUUCCGCUAGCUUUGGAAUAUACUGGACAGUCGGUAGCUAAGAAGUUGGAAAUCAUUCGGGAAAAAAUGGUUGACAAACGAGCUUCCGUGCUAGUUGUUAGUGCUUUGGACGAAAUUGCGUGGUUUCUUAAUUUGCGCGGCUCGGAUAUUGACUACAAUCCGGUAUUCUUUUCGUACGCCCUGAUUACACUAGAUGAUUUGUACUUCUUCGUGGACGAUAGUAAACUGUCACCCGCUGUCAGUGACCAUUUCCGUGCGAAUGAGGUUCAGCCGAAGAUUCAUCCGUACGGGGAUGUUCAACAAGUACUAAAAUCGUUGGCUGAAUCUAGUGCAAACCGGGUGUGGAUUAGUUUGGGAUCGAGUUACGCCCUGACAGCACUGAUACCGGAGGAAAAGCGGCUACACGAAAUUACACCGAUUAAUUUGAUGAAAGCCGUCAAGAACGAGGUGGAAGCGGCUGGAAUGCGUCAGUGUCACAUCCGAGACGGACUGGCUCUGUGUCAGUACUUUGCCUGGCUGGAACGGUGCAUAAAGGAGGGUCGGCCGGUGGAUGAAAUUAGCGGGGCGGAUCAGUUGGAAAAGUUUAGAAGCCAACAGGAUAAAUUUAUGGGACUCAGUUUUACCACCAUCAGUGCUUCCGGUCCGAACGGAUCAGUCAUCCAUUACCAUCCGCUACCGGAAACGAAUCGUCCCAUCACCAACCAGGAAAUGUACCUGUGCGAUUCGGGAGCACAGUUUCUGGACGGCACAACCGACGUUACCCGCACGGUGCAUUUCGGAACACCCACGCAACAGGAGAUAACAGCCUUUACCCAUGUUUUGAAGGGAAAAAUUGCGCUGGGAGAGGCCAUUUUCCCGAGAAAAGUGAAAGGUCAAUUUCUGGAUACGAUCGCACGAAAGGCGCUGUGGGAUGUCGGAUUGGAUUAUGGACAUGGAACCGGGCACGGAAUAGGUCACUUCCUGAACGUUCACGAAGGACCCAUGGGAAUCGGUAUCCGGUUGAUGCCAGAUGAUCCCGGCCUGGAGGAGAAUAUGUUUCUUUCUAACGAACCUGGUUACUACAAGGAGGGUCAGUUCGGUAUUCGCAUCGAGGAUAUCAUGCAGGUAGUUUCCACCAAUAUUGGCGAUAACUUUGAUGGGCGCGGUGCACUGACCUUCAACACCAUUACCAUGUGCCCGAUUCAGACGAAGCUGAUUGACGUUCGGCUGCUUACGGACAAGGAGCGAAACAGUUUGAAUAGUUACCAUCAGACUGUCUGGGAAACGUUGUCACCGCUGCUGAGAAAGGCCAAUGAUGCCGAAACGUUGGCUUGGCUGGAACGUGAAGUACAACCGAUUUGAUCGCGCAAACGGUCGGGCAGAGAAAUGCUAUUGUUGCCACGGUGGAGGACAUUGCAGUAUCGACACUUUUGCGAAGGUACACAGAGAAUAUAUGUUGAGUUAAUUUAC